UUUUGUGUAGAAUGGUAAAUCUGCGCCAUUUUCGUGUCGUUUUAGAGCAUCGCAAAUUGCUGUCAAGAUGCUAUAUUUCCUAUAAUUAUACAGUAAGUCAAUGCGUGCAAUCCUUACAGAGGUAUAAAGUGUACAGCCUGACGGGAAAUGAAAAAAGCUUUCUUAUUAACUCCUUGACGCAAUGUAAACUUAUUCGACGUAAUUCAGUAAAAACUGCACACAGUAAAAAAAGCAAAGAAUAUCGUUUAAACAGUAAUAUUAAAGCAAAAAAUGUUCGCUUAAUUGAUCAAGAGGGGAAAAAUCUUGGAAUUAUCACUUUGAAGGAGGCCCUUGAAAAAGGAAAGAAAGAAAAUUGUCUGGUAGUGGAAGUUCGUGAAACUCCCUCAGAAACUGUUUGCAAAUUGGUCAGUCAACAACAACUUUACGAGAAAAUGAAAGAAGAAAAGAAAAAUGUCAAAACUAGAAAGAUAAAGGAGGUGAAAGUUACUGCAAAAAUAUGCAAGCAUGAUUUAGACAUUAAACUGAAAAAAAUUGUUGAAUUUUUGGAAGAUCGAGAUAGUGUUAAAGUGUUUGUCGCCCAUCGAAGAUUACAAAAUACAAAUGUGGAUGAUAAAAAGGCUUUGAUUCAGAGGAUAGCUGAACUUGUCAGUGAUGUGGGUUGUUUGCAAGGAGAAGUAAAAGUUGUUGGUAAUGGUGUACGAGCAACAUUUAUACCACUUCAAAGGAAAUAAGUUUAUGAGCAGAGCGGUCUGAAAGCCGAAGAAGUCGGAGAUGCGAGCGAAAUUUCGUUCCUGGUGGAUUAUUUGCC